UCAUAUAUCUAUCUACGAGAACGGAACGUUGAUUUCGAUUAGAGGGGCAGCAGAAGAUAACACUAAAGUAUCAAACGACAGACGAUAGACGAGAGCAACGGCAGCAAAUUCAUUUAGCUAAACGAAAAACAAAAGAAAAGGCAGAGCAGAAAAGGGAAAAAAACACAGAUAUAGAUAAUUGGAAAAAAGAAUAACAAAAAAGUUUCAUGUCCAAAGAGAAUUGUGAGCAAGCAUUAAUUGCUUUAAAAUUAAAAAUUUGCGUGAAAUAGCCUAAAAUGAGAAUAAAAUUAUUUCCAUUCUGUUUCAUCGCAUCUGUAACAUAGACGCACUCGUUGCUCGAGUGUGCAUUACAAGCAAUUUAUUUCGACAACAUUUCUUUUUACAAUUUUUGUGUGUGUGUGUGUGUGGAAGUAAUUAAUAAAUCAAUCAAUUAUGGCCGAUCUUAUAAGAAUGGGUGGGAUCAUUCCAAAGGAUCGUAUGGACACGCCGUCAUCAGAAGACGAAGGUGGUGUUGGUGUUGAUUUAACUGAUUUAGCCCAAGAAUUAGAUCAAGACGAAUUUGACGGUCCAAUGCUCAUUAACGGCGAUCGACCGGCAAUAAUUGCUCCCCCGGAGAGUGAAUGGUAUCAUGGACGAUUGGAUCGUUAUAGUUCAGAACAACGUUUACGGAAUGCCGGUAAAUUAGGCAGUUACUUGGUGCGAGAGAGUGAUCGUAAACCCGGUUCAUAUGUGCUUAGCUAUUUGGGACGAACAGGAAUUAAUCACUUCAGAGUGACUGCUGUCUGUGGUGAUUAUUAUAUCGGCGGCCGACAAUUUGUGUCGCUUAGUGAUUUAGUUGGAUAUUAUACAUCGUGCAGCGAUUUAUUGAAGCGUGAGCGUUUGAUAUUUCCUGUGCCACCGCCAGAGCCCGUCAAUGAUAAGAAACGUGUCGUCGCUAUACUCCCAUAUGCAAAAAUGCCUGAUACAGACGAAUUGACCUUUCAGAAAGGUGACAUUUUUUUCUUACACAAUGACAUGGGCGAUGGUUGGCUUUGGGUAACAGCGCACCGAACGGGCGAGCAAGGAAUGAUUUUCCGUGAACUUGUCGAAGAUCUUGAUGUAUCGAUUGAUCCAAAUACGGUAUUCCCAUGGUUUCAUCCAAAUUGCACAAAAAACGAAGCGGUCGAUAUGUUGGUCAAAGCCGGACCGGGCAGCUUUCUUGUACGGCCAAGUGAUAAUUCGCCGGGAGAUUAUUCACUUUUUUUCCAUAUAAACAAUCAAAUUCAACGGUUCCGUAUCGAAAAGAAAGGUGUACGAUAUUUGAUGGGCGGUCGAACAUUUGAAUGUUUGGAUGCGGUUAUAAAUCGAUAUCGAAAAGAACAAAUUGUCGAGGGUCAUUGUUUGAAUCAUCCUGUUGUGAAUGGUAAUCAAACUGAAUUCAGUCAACAAACGGCCGCAUCGAUUGCCGCCGAAAAGAUUUAUGCAACAUUACGUGAAUGUCGCGAUCAAAUUGGCCUAAAGAAAAUUAAAGGCAUCAAACACACCGGAUACUUGUGGAAAAAAUCGGAUAAAUCCGUCAAAUGGAAACAAUUGUAUUUUGCUCUAUUAAACGAAGGCUCUGAAACGCAUUUAUGCUUCUAUGACAAUCCAAAAAAGACAAAACCAAAAGGAUUGAUUGAUUUAUCAUGCGCAUACUUAUAUCAAGUGCAUGAAUCGUUAUGGGACCGACCAUAUUGUUUUCAAAUUGUGGAACGUGCUCUGCCGUGUUUGGCCAACAACACAUUUUUGUGCGCCAACAACCAAGACACUUAUACCGAAUGGAUAAAUGCAUUGAAACCGCAGUGUGUAUCACAAUUGGGUAAAACACAAACGGUUAAUUUAAAAUUGAGAGAAUUGCGCAGUUUGAAUUUACAAAUAUUGGAAGCACAUCGUUUACCAUUCAAAUUAGUGCCACAAGCCUAUUGCAGUAUUGCAUUCAAUCAAGUUAAAAUAGGAAAAACACGUAUGAAAUCUGCACCCGAUCCAGUUUGGGAAGAGGAAUUCGUUUUGGACGAUGUACCAGCCGAUGUGGUUACGAUUACAAUUACCGUGUUGAGCCGUGGCAAACGGAACAAGGACUCCGAAGUGGCCGAUCUAACCAUUGAUUUGGCAACGUUGAAAAAUGGAUUCGAAACAGAAGAAUGGUAUCAAUUGAACGGUAUGACUCCGAUGGGCGAAUGGGGUUCGUUGCGUUUGAGAAUGCGCUAUUUGGACGAUUUAAUCAUGCCAUGUGAUGAAUACAGUCCAUUGCAACAAUUGCUACUUGAGCCUGAACUGUCUUCGGUAAAAGCACUUUCUGAGUUGUGCCAUAAUGAUCGAAUACCGUUGGCUACAUCGCUUUUGCGCGUAUUUCGUCAUGAGAAACGUGAAACUGAAUUAUUAAGGAUUUUGUGCCAGUGUGAAAUCGCACGUGAAAAUGAAACUUCGACACUUUUUCGCGGUGCUUCAUUGUCAACUACGCUUAUGGAUUUGUAUAUGCGUGCUGAAUGCGGAGCAUUCGUUCAAUCGGCACUCUCUGACACAGUGUCUCGCGUUCUCGAGAGUAAACAGUCAGCUGAAUUGAAUCCAACAAAAAUGGAUGACAUCGAAGAUGCAUGCUCCAAUGCUGAAUUUUUACUACAAAUUCUCGAUUUGGUUACACAAUCUAUAUUCACUUCGCCUGAAGAAUGCCCCAGAAGUGUACGCUAUAUAUGCAAUUGCUUGCAAAGAUCGGUGGUUGCAAAAUGGCCAACUGAGCGUUUAGUUCGCACGAGAGUCGUCUCGGGAUUCAUUUUCUUGCGUCUUUUGUGCCCAGCUCUCUUAAAUCCACGACAAUUUGGUUUGGUCACAGAGACCCCAUCGAAUGCUGCGACACGCUCUCUAAUCAUGAUAGCUAAAUGCUUGCAAAACUUGGCAAAUUUGGUUGAAUUUGGCGGAAAGGAGCCAUACAUGGAGGUCGUUAAUCCAUUCAUAUUGAAAAAUAAAGAACGAAUGAUUGUAUUCUUGGAUCAAUUAUCUUCAGUUCCGGAUCCAAAUCCACCACCAGGAUCGUAUGUGGAAUCGAAUACAAAUCACAAGUGUUCCGAUACAGGACGUGAAUUGGCCACGCUGCACCAUAUUUGCGUGUCAUACUUACCGGAAUUGCAACGGAUUGCCAAAACGAAUGCGUCAAUUAAAAAAUUGGUUACCGUUACCGAUAUGCUAACAAAGCAUAAAUUAAAAUACCGUGAAAUGAUAAGCUAAAUGCAUUGAAUGCCAUGCUAAGUAGUUUCGAUUUGCUCUAAACAGGCUGAUUGCUGGACAUCUUAGCUUAUUGUAGUUGUAGCAAAGUUAUGACAAAACCGAAACCAAAAAAAAAAAAAAACAAAAGACAUUAGCUGCGAACUGAGUUUCGAAUUUAUUUUAAUCAUUUUUUUUUUGUUCAGUCAAAUACUUCUAUGUGUCUUUGAUCUAAUCGAACGAUUUCUUUUCAUCAUUUUCUUUACAAACACAUUCAAUUUCGAAUGAUAUUUUUUAAAUUUAAAUCGAAUCAAAAACACCGAAGUUAUUCUACAUUAAAGAGGCGAAGAUACCAUUUUGAGAAUGAACGAAGUAGGCAGUAACACACAGCUGAAAUGAUAUUCCAAAUAGUUGAAUUCAAAUUGAAGAUGUAUUUAGUAAAGCAUUUUAAAGCGGAGCAUCUCAAAGAGACGCUGACGAGUUUGGCUCAGGGUCGAUUCCCAUAUUACACAAUGCCAAAUACAUACAAGCAUAAUUGAAAUAGAUCAAUUACCAUUUUUAAAAAAAGGAAAAAGAAAAACAUAAAACGAUUGUAGAGUGUCAAUGUGCCAAUGAUCGCAAACGUAGAUUCGAGUGUCAAUUUUACAACACAAGUUACUUAUUUAGUCAAAUCGUAAAAGAAAAACAUAAUACGUACACAAAGUAAAACACACCCAAAAAAAUCAACGAUCUACUAAUUCGUUUGUUUUGAUGAUUACUUUCUCCAUUAACCAUUCAUCUAGAUAUUAGCAAAUAGACACAUUAAUUAUGAAGCAUACCGGACAGUCUAACAAUAACAAGUAUAUUACGAUUAAUUAUAUUCGCCCAAAAGUCAUGUACCACAAAUAUUUUCAAAUCAUAUUACUAGGCUUAAUUAGACAGUAGGAUGAUUUUAUUUUCACUUUUAUUUUUCAUUGAAAUAUCGAACAAAUAGAUGAUUCGAUUUAUAUUGUAUCAUGUAGAAAAAAUUGGAAGUACGCUAGUCAAAAUAACAA